UUGGCGGAGCCUUGGCAGCGCUGAGGGAGUGGGUGUUAAUGGUAACUGGGUAUCUGUAGACAGUGGUCGGAGCAGCUUUGACUGCAAAAGGUAGACGAUGGACCCGGUGAUUUAUCUGGCCGUGCUGACGGCGCUGCUGUUGUUCUGGGUCCGGAGGAAAGGUGUGGAGUAUGUUAUUAUCCACCACCGCUGGGUCUUCGUUUGCCUCUUCUUGCUGCCCCUCUCCGUCGUCUUCGACGUCUACUAUUACCUCAGGGCUUGGUUGGUCUUCAAGAUGUGCAGUGCCCCCAAGCAGCACGACCUGCGGGUCAGGGACAUCCAGAGACAGGUACGAGAAUGGAAGAAUCAAGGAAGUAAAACGUACAUGUGCACUGGUCGACCUGGGUGGCUGACUGUAUCACUUCGGGUUGGCAAAUAUAAGAAGACACAUAAAAAUAUCAUGAUCAAUUUGAUGGAUAUUUUGGAAGUGGACACCAAGAAGCAGGUUGUCCGUGUGGAACCACUGGUAAACAUGGGUCAGGUGACUGCACUUUUGAAUUCAAUUGGCUGGACUCUUCCAGUGGUACCAGAGUUGGAUGAUCUCACUGUGGGUGGCCUUAUCAUGGGAACUGGCAUUGAAUCUUCAUCUCACAUCUAUGGACUUUUCCAACACAUCUGUAUAGCCUACGAGCUGGUCUUAGCUGAUGGCAGCCUUGUAAGGUGCACAGAGAAAGAGAAUCCAGACUUAUUUUAUGCUGUGCCUUGGUCAUGUGGUACUCUCGGAUUUCUUGUUGCUGCAGAGAUCAAGAUUAUUCCUGCUAAGAAGUAUGUGCGUCUGCAGUACCAGCCAGUGCGUAGUCUGAAGAUGAUAUGUGAAACGUUCAGUAGAGAAUCCCAAAACAAAGAGAACCAUUUUGUGGAGGGCCUUGUGUAUUCACAGGAUGAGGCUGUGAUAAUGACAGGAGUCCUUACUGAUGUGGCUGAGCCAGGAAAGAUCAAUAGAAUUGGCUAUUACUACAAACCAUGGUUCUUUAAACAUGUGGAGAAAUACUUGCAAGAGAGCCACAGUGCAGUGGAAUAUAUCCCUUUGAGGCACUACUAUCACCGUCACACUCGCAGCAUUUUCUGGGAGCUUCAGGAUAUAAUUCCAUUUGGCAAUAAUCCACUCUUCCGUUAUGUGUUUGGCUGGAUGGUCCCUCCCAAGAUUUCAUUACUGAAGCUGACCCAAGGAGAAACUAUUCGUAAACUGUAUGAGCAACACCAUGUGGUUCAAGACAUGCUGGUGCCAAUAAAGAGUUUGGAGAAGUUGAUUCUUUUCCUGCACAGUGAGAUCAAUGUUUACCCUCUCUGGUUGUGUCCUUUCAACCUACCCAGUCUACCGGGUAUGGUCCACCCGAAGGGGGAUGAAGCUGAGCUGUAUGCAGAUGUUGGGGCCUACGGAGAACCCAAGACCAAGCAGUUUGAAGCCAAGUCAUCAACCCGACAGCUGGAGCAAUUUUUACGUGAUUCGCACAGUUUUCAGAUGUUGUAUGCUGAUUGCUAUCUGACCCGAGAAGAGUUUUGGGAGAUGUUUGAUGGGUCUCUAUACCACAAGUUGAGAGACCAACUGAACUCUAAAGAUGCAUUCCCUGAGGUUUAUGAUAAGAUCUGCAAGGCAGCGAGACACUGAGCGCCCCAAGGAAGAAGCCAAGUGUAAUUCAAUAGUAAAUCGAUUCUCAUCUGAGAGAUGUAUGCAGGAUUUUUUUAAAUCCAAAGACUUCUCCGUUUUUAUCAUGAACACUAUUUUUGUGUGAAUCCACUCAUUCUGAUCUUUACCUCUCCUUUCCUGUCCAUACCCCUCAUCUCAUCAAAGCAGUGAAGCAUGUUGAUGUUCAAUUCUGUAGGCAUCAGCAACCCUGUGGCACAUCACUAAAUAGCAUAGAGAGUAAAUUUAGUAUUUGUGUGUGAUCUGAAAUCCAUAACAUGCCUCUCUAUGGAUCACUAAUUGGCUAAAUCUGGUCAUGUAUGCAGAAAUACAUGACCUACUUUUUCUGGAGCCUCGAGAUUGCAGAUGCUGGAAUUGGAGUAAUAAGCAAUCUGCUGGUGGAACCCUGCAGGUCGGGCAAAAUACUGCCUAUCUCCCCUCUCCACUCUUGGUCUUGAUGCAGCGUUUCAAUGUGAAACAUCAACAGUUCCCUUUCCCCUCCACAGAUGCUGCUCAACCUGCUGAGUUUCUCCAGCAGAUUGAAGACGCAAGAGACCAUAGAUGCUGGAAUCUGGAGCGACACACAAGAUGCUGGAGGAACUCAUUGGGUCUCAACCCAAAACAUUGACUGUCCAUUUCCCUCCAUAAAUGCAGCCUGACCCGCUGAGUUCCUCCAGCAUUUUGUGUGUUGCUCCUCCAACAGAUUGUUGCUUACUCCUUCUGACUGUUAUUGAUUUAUUGGCAAAAUAAUAUCAAAUAUGAAUAGGAGCAUUUGUGUUUUUAUAGUUGAUGGUAAGGUACGUGCAUCAUGGACUGCUUGUAACCUGGCAAUGAUUAUGGAGGUGCCUAAUACUGUGUAAUAAUCCACUGAGCCAAUAUGGGAGAGUUAAAUGUUUUGUAAUUUUUGUUUGUAAUUGUAUGUUUUAUUCACCUGCAAUGUUUCUAAGCAAAAUGUAUAAUGUUUGUAAUCACAUUUGUGUAAAAUUGUGAAUAUAAUGGCAUGAUGUGAAAUUUACAGUUUGUUUUGUUUUCAAAAUGAUGAAUUGAUUCAACAAUUUUUUGCACUUUUAUACUUUAUCAAAGGUGCCUAGUCUCCCUUGAUAAAUGUAUGAAUGAUACCAUGUGCCCUUGUGCUCCAUGUGCUUAAGAGGUAUAACAGCUGCUACUCUGACCCAUGUCAUCGUAAAGUUUGUAUUCAAUUCAGCUAUUGUGCUAAAAGAUUGGUGUGAAGUCUUCAACUUCCCACACAGUUAGUUAAUUAAGUUGAACAUUAAUUAAGAAAAGAUAGAAAAGUAUUAUUCUAGGAGUCUUGCAUGUUUUGGAAUUAGAUUAAAUCUUUAGGAAAAAUAAAAGCCAACCUUUCUAGGGGAAGUAUACUUUUGACUUAUGGUAAAGCCAGCAACCAAAUUCAGUACCUCCUGAUGACAACAACACAGUAGACUUAUCAGGCUAUGAUAAGUGGACAGUGUUCCAGCUCUACAAAUGUUCUUGCACAUCCACCCAUCUUAACCUCCCUCAGUUCAGUCCCGGAAAUACUGCUUGCCCAGAGGACCACAGAUCUUGUGUAAAUGAACAUGUUGCACCCAGGAACUUGAAGUGCAUGUCAUUUUAAUUGCUUGGAUUAAAACAGCAGUCAGGAACAAACAAGGCAAGGCUGAUCCAGGUGGCCAAGCUAACAUUUAAAAUACAAAUUGUUAAUAUUUGUGGGCUAGGAGGAGUAUUUCUUGUCUUGGAAGUUUUUAGUGAGCCUUUGCCUUGGAUUUUUCUCCGAUGGUGAACUUGUACCAAUCUUUAUCACUCCCCCCAAAAAUAGGUAACUGAUGUGGAAAUUUUGAUUGGCCCCAGUUGAUGCCAUCAUCCUUGCCAUCUUGGGGGAAUCAUCAGCACCAGGAUGUUCAAAUGAUACCUGGGAGCUUAAAAGCUCUUCAGCCUCUAACCCACACUCAAAUAUGGUGACAUUUGGAAUGGACACAAAUAUCUGUCGAAACCAUUAAAUACACUAUUUGAGCAAUAAUCAAAAACAACUUGCUUUUAAGUAAGAGCUUGAAUGAUGUAAACAAUUUGCAUAAAUGUCUUCAAGUAGUAAUUAACUGCUUGGUCAACAUUGCUUUUGUGAAAGGCCAUUAGAGACAUUGUUUAUUGAAGGGUGAGAGGAUUUCAGAUCUCAUGAGAAAUCUGAAAGGCAAGAGUAGGUAGGCCAAAUGGACCACUUGCAUCUUUUAAUUGUGCAAUUAGAGGGAGUGCACAAAAUCAUUUGAGGAAUCUAUCAGUUUUUCAAUCUGGGUAAACUUGUACCCGUGUGUUGCAUCUCGACAGUCAGUAGGCAGUCAGUGUUUGUCAAAAACAUGAAACAGCAACAUCUGACAAAAUUACCUUUUAUUGUGAUAUAAUUUGAAGAAUUGAGAAAACAAAAUGCAACAAUUAACUGGAGCAGCAAUACUUAGUUUCCUGCUCUCUCACUUUUGCUUAAUUUCCUCAUGUCAUGAUUGGUCACAUCAUUGGCACAGCCUUAUUCUAAACUCAUCUGUAUGCAUCUUCAAAUGUAGUUCUACCUCCUGGCAAUAAUUGUGUCAAUUCAAUUGGUACUAGUAGUUUUUUUUUGUUUUUAACCCAUAUCACAGUGUAAAUGAGGAGUUUACAAUAGUCAAAGGCUAGCAGAAAAUUAGAAGUUGUACUUGCAGUUUUACUGGUGCUGUAAUCUUUGAGCUACUUUAACUGAAUUUGUGACAUGUUGUUUAUCUUGCCAUUUCCCAUUUCAGCUGACACUUUAACUAUCUUAAUGCCCUUAUACAGGUUAGAUUUCCCCCAAAUCAGUAUAAAUACAUGAUCUAAUUUAUUGUGGAACUUUGGUAACCUUUUUCUAUUUAACUGGGCAUAUUGUGUGGUUCAUUUGAUUUUUCCCUUUUGGUUGGGUAAAGGCCUGUUCAAGCCAUUCACUGUUGUUUAAUGAUUUGACAGCUUUACGUGUUUGACAUAAACAAUUUAAAGCUGUCCAAUAAAACAAAAAAUAAGCUAGUUACUUGUGAAAGGAAUGGAGGUCUUUGCAAUACUUAGUCUUUGGCAGCCCAGAAAAGAACAGGUUGUUGCAGAAGUUUAGAAUCCCAAAGAGUCUGAAAGCUGCUCAUCAUUAUGGAACCUUGCAUUCUCAUUGUAAAAUGUUAUGCUGUUUCAUUUAGUGUUCCCUGCAAGUGGCUCCUCAUUUAAGUUGUUUCUCAUCAAUUUAUUGAUUGAUCUGCAUUUGCUGUUUCAAGAUUUCCAAAAGCUUGAUCAAACGUCUUUGCUGUUGAUGUUGUAUUUGAUAUUGUUGAAGAUUUUGUCUCUAUUGAUUGACCCUCCAGAAUGGAAAUUAAACAAUAUGACUUCAGGAAUUGAGCAGACUGCUGUUUGCAGGGCUGAGAACAUGCUCUCAAACCAAUGACGUGGCAGUGUCUUGAGGACAGUAAAACUUUGUUUACUAUUGACCUCCCAUCUGCUGCUGAAGGUUUGACUGUGCUUUUUCAAUUCAUCUCUAUUUGUAAUUACAAUAUUUGUGUUUAAAUAUUCUAAUUGUGUAAGUUGAAUUUCUUCUGAAACAGCCUGUAUUAAAAAUAUUUUAAACUGAAAAUUAUGUGGCUCCAAUUGGCUUUUCUCCCUGCCUUGAUUCAUAAAUGAAUAAUGGAGAGU